AUGAAGUUCACAAACUUUUUUGUCCCUAUUUUUAUCUUUGUUGCAUUGUUCUCUACUAUAGAGUCCAGGAAAGCCAAAAAAAUUACCCCAAUUACAUUUUAUACAACUAAAGAGCUCGAUAGUAACCAUUUGGUUAGAUCAGUCCUCGUAUUUUCUGGUGUCGCGUUUUCUGAAACUAGGUUCAAGAAGGAUUCAGUAUCUCAAAAAGAACUUUUUGCAGAGAUUUCAAAGUCAGGAUUUUUGGCACCAUCUAUCCCAAUGAUUUCCGAUACCGCAAAGGGCGUUAAAUAUAUCAGCACUACUGAGGCUGCUAUAAACUAUAUCGUUUUAUCCUAUAACAAAGAAUUAUUUUCAAGUAAUUUAUUGUUGCAUUCUAUUUCAAUCCAGCUCUCAUCAAUAGUGAAAAAUUACAUUAAGAAAACCAUUAAGAUCCUUAAUGUUUCUAAGACAUUGGAUUGUUCGAUGCUUCUAGAUAUUGCAAACAUUCGUAAUACUUUAAAAGUUUUGAAUGACUCAUUUAAGUCCUCGAAGUUCACUUACUUUACUGGAGAAAAGGUUUCAUACAUUGAUAUAGUAAUUUACACCUUAGUUCUCUUUAUUGAGAAUGUAUCCCCAGGAUGCGUUAUAUCUAACUACGAUGGUCUCAGAGAUCUUGCUUAUAAUAUAAGUUUCAUUCCUCAGAUUUACAGAUUCGAGAGUAGUUCUUACUUCCAUUCAUUAUUAGUGCCCGGUACUCAAGUUUUCGCUAAACGCAUUAAUUUUGCUCUCGGUAGCUCGAAGUUCCUAUCUUUGGCAAGUUAA